AUGCUAAUUGGUGUGAAUGGCGGAGUCGAAAUGCUGCUAUCUGGAACUCCUUCACAAAAUUCAUCAUGUAUCUAUUUUAGCAACAGCGUCUAUUGCUUUGGAGGAUCUAAUCAAAUGACUUCAUCUCUAUCUAUGAGAUUCGAUUUGGAUCAAAAUCGCUGAAUUCAAUUAACCCCAAUGCCAGAAGAUGAUUCCGAGUGCAACAUGAUAAUAUUUAAUGGAAAUAUUUUGAUUUCUGGACGGUAUAAUAGAAAUCUUUUAUUAUACUCAAUUGAUAUUGACUCUUUCUCGACAAUUCCUUAUGAGUUCGAAUGGGAUAAAAAAAAGAUCCUGGUAAAUGCAGAGAGACUAUAUUUGAUUGAAUGCUGUGGAUGAAUCUAUGAAAGCGAAAUUGGAAGUUACUUAAAUUGAAGACGAAUUAGAAAGUCAAAAUUCGAUUAUUAUUCUCAAACGUAUUGUGUAUAUAAUAAAGGAGGAAUAUACAUCUCAUCUAUUCAUCCAUUACUCAGACAAUAUUAUUAUUAUUUUGAUUUAGAUCGAAAAAAAAUUAUUGAUUUAACUUAUUAUAGUAGAAAUUACUGACUAAGAAGAGUUGGUAAUAAGAUUGAAUCAAUAAAAUGAAAUAGCCAGAAUUUAAUGUUUGAUUCUCGCUAUCUGGAUGAAUGAGAUCUAAAAGGCAUGAGUCUGGGCAAUUUAGGAGAGCAUCUAGAAGAUAUCGAACGCAAUGACGAACGAAUCAAAAAAUAUCCAAAUAGCGCUAUAUAUUACUCUAACAAUGGCUACAUUUUGCUUGGUUUAAGAAGAUAUCUAGAAGCAAUUGAAUGAUUUGAUGAAGCCAUUAAACUCAAGCCAAACUAUGCUAAUUUUUACUUUUAUAAAGGCAACGCUUUUUAUGGCUUAAAAAGAUAUCUAGAAGCAAUUGAAUGCUAUGACUGAGCAAUCAAACUAGAUCCAAAAGAUGGUUAUAAUUACCAUAAUAAAGGCAAAUCAUUUUAUGGCUUAGAAAGAUAUCUAGAAGCAAUAGAAUGGUAUGACGAAGCAAUCGAACUCGAUUCAUACAAUGCUGAUUUUUACUAUAAUAAAGACAAGGCUUUUUAUGGUUUAAAAAGCUAUCUAGAAGCAAUCAAAUGCUAUGACGAAGCAAUCAAACUCAAUAAAUUCAAUCCAAACAAUGCUGAUUUUUACCCGAAGAAAGGAUAUACUUUAAAUAAAUUCGGUAGUUUUCUCGAAGAAGCAGAAAGACAUAAUAAAGAAAUUAAAAUCAAUUCAAGCAAUGCCAAGCUUUAUAAUGAUAAAGGAAAUACUCUUUGUGUUUUAGAGAGAUAUCAAGAAGCAAUACAAUGCUAUGAUGAGGCAAUCAAACUUAAGCCCAACAAUCCUUUGCAUUUCUGCAAUCGAGCUAGGGUAUUUAAUAAUCUCAGACAAGAAGAAGCAGCUUUGCAGGACUUUAAUACGGCUUAUAAUUUAUGGCAACAAUAUCAAGAAGGUGAUGUUUUCACUAAGGAUGAAUGUAAACUUUCUGAAAAAGAUAUCAAAUUUAUUGACCACACAUUAGGCCGAGACCACAUUGAACUACUCCAAAAAAUGCAGAUUUAA